ACGGGAUUCUCGACCCCUGUCAGGAAACGCAGCCCUCCGGUCUGGAGAAGUCCUUUCUCCCACGCCUUUAUGUGUCAGGAUUCAUCCCUUCUCGCCUCAGAUAUGUGAGAGAGGCCAGGCUGAGAGAACCUGACACGGGAAAGUGUCGCUAAGGCAGGACUUUAAACUCCUGUCACUCCUUCCCAGUCUCACAUAUCUCAAGGGAAGGAGGAGGCCGGCGUCGCUUUUGGCGCCCUUCUGCAAAGAGCUGAACCCGCUCCUCGUGAAUUACUCCUAUAUAGGGAAGCGACACAGGUGUUCCCCCAGCGGCUUGUUUACAAAGGAGCGCGCCCAAUUCACCCAUGGCUUGGGAGGAGGGAGGGCGAGGAAGGAGUCUCAAGCCGAAGGGGAAGGUGUGUGUUUAAAUAACAUCACAUGAAACGCUGCAAAACAUAGUAUUCCUGGUUAGGGGGCGUGAUCAGACAGGAAGGCAGGAGAUCUCUGAUUCCCCGUAUGUGGCGGGAAAGCGGGAAGUUUGAAAGAUGUUAUAAAGGGGCUUAACUAAUUCGGCUCUGCUACUGAGAGAAAGGACAUUCCUGUGGUAAAUGAGGGCCUGCCAUGCUUUUAUAAACGCAGGCGCACACAGCUGUGUUAUCUUUUGACAGAACCACCUUUUUUGUAUUAGGGGGGAAGUGGGGGGUGGGAAACAAACAAACAAAAAGUUAUGUACAGAGCAUUCUCAGAAUGACGAGAAGUAAAACAUUAUCGAUGCUAAAUCGUACUUAAAUGAGUACGAUUCAAAUAUGCCUAGAAAAUGGAUGCUUUGGUGGAUGGAAGGAUAUUUCAUCCCACAACAAUAUCUGUUUAUCUAUCUAUCUAUUAGGGGAAAUUAGUGGUGCACUUAUAUAAAAAAAAUAUUUUUUAUUUUAUUUCCAUGAGGUGGGAUGUUCAAAAUCAAGGGAAAUGCAUGAAUUAUAAAAAGCAGCCUCUCGCUCACUCUGUUUAUUGCUCUGUGGAACCAACACAGCUGCUGUUAUUCCUCAUAACACUUCAUUAAUUCUGAAUACAAGCGUUUUAUUACUCUGACAAUUCUGACAGGCAGGCAGAUGCCGUAUUUUAACAGAGCACCCUUCAAUUUUUUCCCUCAGAUAAACGACAUAUGCGGAGAAAACCUAAACUCCCGUAAUAUCGUCAUUGAUACUCUGCAAAGUGAAAUACUAAUUCUUUUUUUUAAAAAAUAGCCCAAAGUAGAUUGCUGCAAUUUUAAAUUGAGGCAGUAGGCCUAGGUGUCCCCUCCCCCGCUUCUGUGGCAUGUCUAUAUGCUUUGCCUCACACAAAACUGAAGGUUUUUAUCUUUAGCCACACUGGGUGAGAGGCAGCUAAAAUAGGGUUAAAAUAGCUAAAGCAGGUUUAUCUCUCUUUCUCUCUCUUUGUAUUUUAUUGUAACUGAAUUUGUCAUAUCCUCAUCUCAUUUUAUCCACCUGUGAGGGCCAAGAGGGUGGGAUUUGAAUAUGAGAGAUGCCGGUUCAAAUUGCUGCUCUGUGCACAACAUAGCACUAAACUGAGACUCAUUGAACACUGGUAUAUACGUUUAUUUUCAGGAGUCGUAAAUCUGUCUUCACGAUCUGACAGGUUCUGUAGCAAGGGCUUCAUGGGAUGCUACAGAGGGCUGAGGUGUGUGUGUGUGUGCCUCACUUCAAAGAGGGCAAACAUUAUCGCGGGGUUGUGUCAAAAUGAAGAAUUGCCACAGGUUCUGGUAGUAUUUAAUGUGGGCCAAGGGCUCUACUUUUGGAUACAGAAAUACAGACUUAAAACUAGAAUGUGUUGAGAACAGGAAGGCGGCAAUUUUUUAAAAAAUCAACGAGUGACAGAUCUUAAACAUUUACAAAAAUGAAAUAUUAUGCCUUGCUUCUCACAUGUAUUUACAGUCUAGAAUAGUUUAUUGUCUCCAUGUUUAUUGUUCUGGACCGCUGUAUCGGCAGUUUUCAGUAUAAUCUAUUAUAUCUUUCUGAAUUACUUGUCUAAAUUUGACCAUGAUUCUACUCUUAUCUGCCAGGUAGAUUCCACAAGGUGACUGGAGACAGUUGCUCGGCCCUAUGGGAGAUGACCCUUGUGUUGCUGCAAGGUUUUGUAUUUUCUUCCACCUUAUUCAACAUGUACAUGAAGGUGUUGAGAAAUGCAAUUUGAGGAUUUGGAGUUCAUUGCCAGCAAUAGGCUGAUUAUAAUCUGUUGUAUCUUCCUCAGUUCUUGGCAAGGUGGUGCUGGAAUCCCUGAACAAGUUGUCUGGAGUUAAUAAUGAGCUGGAUAAAGGCCAAUAAAAAGAAGUUCUAUCCAGCUAAGACUGAGCUGUUGACGGUAGGUGAACCAGUUGACGGUAGGUGAACCUGUCAAUUUGAGUGUGGGUGGGCAACCUGUUCUUACAGCACUUCAAUGUUCAUGGAUCCAGCGUUAUAGCUUGACAGUUUCUGUCCAGAGUGCCUUUUUCUUGUUAAGUUUGGUGCAUCAACUGUUCUCUUUCCCAUAUUAUAAUGCUUGUGUCACCAUCUAACAUACCUUCUAAAUUAUAUAAUAACUUCAAAAUUUUAUUUCCAUAAUGCAUUUUACGUGGGUCUGCCUUUGAAGACUGUCCAGAAACUUUAACUGAUCUAAAACGUAGCACCCAGGUUGUCGAGAAAUGGCCUCAGAGACCAAUCUUCGUAUGUCUGCUGCCAGUAUAUUUCUUGGCACAAUUCAAAGUACUGUUGUUGACUUUUAAAGCCUUAAACAGUCUUGGUCAGGGUAAUACAAAGGGGCACCUUCCCUACUAAUUUUCUACCUUCCUCUGUCAUCAAAGUCAUUAGUGGAGACUCUGUUGAGUAUACCUUCCCUAAUGAGGUAUGGUUAGCAGUGAACAGGGCAGGGUCUUUUUAGUAGUGACACCAUACCUCUGAAAUCCCUGCCAGUAAAGCUGUCCUGGACACCUCACAGGAAGCUGGGCUGGGGGAAAGAGCUCUUUAAAGGAGUGUUCACUCCAAAAUCAAGGAGUAUUGAUUGUUCUGUUCUAGUUGCUUUGUUUGUGUUUUAAAGAUAGGUUGUUUUAGGCUGCAUUUAUAUUUUGUAUGCUAUAUUUAAUUGGUUGUAACCUUCUUUGAAAGUGUUUAACUAGGAAGAAGCAUAGCAAUCUUUAAAAAACAACAACAUUUUAUUACUUGGGCAAAUAUGGUAUUGUUGGAGCUAGGUGGUGGUAUGUAUCUUCUAAUCCAAAGAUGAACUUUGGAGUUUCUCCAGUUAUUCCCAAGGCUGUGAGUUAAGAAGUUAACUUUUGUAUUCCUUAUUUUGAAGUUCCUUUAUACAGUGUACCUGCCUAAUUCCAUGCAAGUUUACUCAGGUCAAUAUUUCUUAUUAAGUGUUUUUAGGAUGGCACAUGUUAAUUCACACUAAGUUCAAUCGGAGUAAACAUUGAUAGAUGGGAUUUCUGCUUUAACACAGUAGAUAAAUCAUGCAAACCGAGUGCCUUUCUGGAAUAUGUAAAGGUAAAGGACACCUGGACGGUUAAGUCCAGUCAAAGGCGACUAUGGGGUUGCAGCGCUCAUCUUGCUUCAGGCCGAGGUAGCCAGCGUUUAUUCAGAGACAGCUUUCCGGGUCAUGUGGCCAGCAUGACUAAACCGCUACUGGCACAUGGAGGAGCGUGAUGAGUGCCAGAGCACACAGAAACGCCGUUUACCUUCCCGCCGUAGUGAUACCUAUUUAUCUACUUGCACUAGUAUGCUUUCGAACUUCUAGGAUGGCAGAAGCUGGGACAAAGCAACAGGAGCUCACCCCAUCACGGGGAUUCGAACCACCGACCUUCCGAUUGGCAAGCCCAAGAGACUCAGUGGUUUAGACUACAGCCACCCACGUUCCUUCUGGAAUAUGUAUAUUUGCUAAACAUUUUUUCCCAUUGUAGGCUGUGGCUUUUGCCAAGUUUGGGCAUUCUUACUGAGAUGCCACUACCCGACUACCUUUGGAGGUUUUAGCCUUUAUUUGGUGGGAAAUUGGAUCAUUUGAAUCCAAGAUACCCUGUUUGUAAAAAAGAAAAGAAAAAAGAAAAUACCUAGAGAAAAAGAUCUGCCAAAAAAAAUGACACUGCCGUCAAAUAUUGUACUUCUGUUGAGGCAUAUUUUGCAAAAGAAGAAGAAAACGAAAAGUGCAUGGGCUCAGAAAUUAUCUGUGCACUGUUACUGGAACAAAUAUGGGUUCUCAAGCUGUGAGAAUUUACAAGUCAUUUAGAGCCAGAAAGAAGUCAGAAAUAUUGAAUGUUUAUGGUUUCUUUUCUAUGAAUAAAUCAGAUAUAUGCACAAACAGCAUCAUUUAUUAUGAUGAUUGAUUUGUUGUGCAAAACAUUUUUCUAGGCUCCUGUCUUGACUAAGCAGGUUUUCUAGAGGCCUAGAGUAUAAUGAUAGUAAACCCAUAUUGGUCAUAGGUUUGAAGUCUUGUUUAUUCUGUUAUAUUUUACUCCAGGAAGAGCCAUUUAUCCUAAAUAGAACCCAAUAAGGCCAACAUGUAUGUAAAAAAUAGAUAUAUUCUAAUGUGAUUCCAUUGAGAUCCCAAGAUGAAAUUUUGCAUGAAGCUCAUGGAAAUGUUUAAUCAUAUUACUUUUUUAAUCACUUUUUAAAAUUUUAAAUUAUGUAACUUUAAAAUUUAAAGUAAGUCCAUCACGUGCCAUAUCAUAUUAAAGCCCAUGAAGUUCUGAAGAGAUUUGUAUUUUUAGUUUUGAAAUAUUUCAAUUCUGGGCUGAGCUUUUAAGGUUUUUGUGUAGUCCAGCAAGGCCAAAAUUGUCAAUUUUUUCAAACCCUCGUAACAGGAUGAGAUAAAAAACAAAAAACUGAGAUCUGGGACCUUCUCUUAUACUACUUUUAGGAAACUGAAACUGAAAGCAAAAUAAAAUGGUAAUGUAAAAGACUUUGGAUCACUUGACAUGGAAUGGCCCACUCCAUGCUUGUGAGUGCAGAAGUGAGCUUAUUGCUACGUAUUUGCUGCUCUUGUGAUUCUCCAGAUUAGAGGAAAUAAAUGUAAAUUCAAUGAAAAGCUUCUGGCUAUAAAACAAAGAACUGCCAGUACUUCAGAGGCGUCACAUUUAUGUAUGACAACAGUAGACGCUAGAAAACGACUCAUAGAUUUGGAAGGAUGAUGGAUGUGUUGUAUAUUAUACUUAUAAAAUUCAACAUUUACUUACCCUGUUUGUGUAAUAUAUACCAGUCAUGCCAUUUUAUAGUCCUUGAGCUCAUUGUUCCUUUCAUUUUUCCUGUGGAUUUAAUUUUCCUUAUCUCUAUACUGUGGAUUUCCCUCCCGAUUUCAGGCUAGAUUAAUGAACCGAGGAAGAAGGAUGACAUAUCCUGCAAGAACCAGCUAUACCUUGAUUCCAAACCAGAAAUAUCGACGAAGCUACCGUCGUUCCAGCAAGUUUAGCAGCACCCUGGAUGCAGAUUCUCCAUCUCUGUCAACCCUUGGGGAUUUCAAAGCACUCCCCUUAGAAAUCUUUCAGAUGGUUUUAGAAUAUCUGCCAGGUGAGAAUUUGAGGCUUUGUGAUGUAUCUGCUACGAAAGCUCUACCCCACUUGCCAAAUGUAGCAUACCACAUUAGCUGCCAGUUCAUAUGUGGCAAGCCACUAUGUCUGGUUUAUCAGGCGAGGCUGCUCAUUUAUAAUUGACAGUGGCGAUCUGUUAUUGUUUAUUGAGAUGCAGAGUAUUUUGUACCAGUGGUCCUGUAGUAUACUUCUUUGGCUUGUUUUGGUUCGGGACUCAUUGCCCCUAUGCUGCUGUUCAAGUUUUUGGGACAUAUACAGUGGUACCUUGGUUUAAGAACAGCUUAGUUUAUGAACAACUUGGAUUAAGAAUGCGGCAAACCCAGAAGUAGGUGUUUUGGUUGUGAACUUUGCCUUGGAGUUGAGUGUGUUCCAUUUGUAAAUUGAGUCCCCUGCCACUUUGGGAAAGCACGCCUUAGUUUAAGAACGCUUUGGUUUGAGAACAGACUUCCGGAACAGAUUAAGUUCGUAAACCAAGGUACCACUGGAUGUGGUUUUUUCCUCUCAAUAUGGAGUGCCUACAUUGGGGUUUUUUUUGUAAAAAAAAAUGUUAAUUCCUAGUCUAUACUGUAGACUCCUAUUCUAUACAUCGGGGAACCUCAGGCCUUGGGACCAAAUGCGGUCCUUUAGUUUCUUGGUUCAGCCCUAGGAACUCUUUCCCACACCCUCUUUGACUCCUUUUGCCUGGCUGGAAUGUGCCUUUAACUGUGGCAAUGCCUCUUGCUUGCCUGGAAAGAGAGUGGGGAGGUGUGUGGUAUAUGUGGGUAUAAAAACUUCCGACUUUUGCAUGGCCGGAAUGUAACCUACUGUACAAAGGUAAGAGGUGUGCCCAUUGCUCUGCCUACUCUUGCAUCUGGUCCUGGCCACCCCUGGUAUAUGGCCCCCAGAAGCUUGCCUACAAAAGAAUGUGGCCCUUGGGAUGAAAAAUGUCCCCACCCCUGCCUGCUGUACAUAUAUACCAGUAUCUUAUGCAGUGUGCAGAAGGGCUUCUAUGGAGUUGAAAAGUAGGGUUGUGCAAGGUCAGAAACAAUUACUUGCCUCCCCAAAAUACCUGUUUGGUGGAUGGAUGAAUAUGCACAAGAAUCAGAUUUAACUAAUUAAAGGGAGAAAGGCUCCAACAAUUAAGGGGCAGAGAGGACAAUGGGAUGGAAGGCAUUGUAAUAAAGCUGCCGAAACAUAAUCAGCAACAUUGCAGAAAUGCUAAGUUCCUGUUUAUGAGACAUCAACUUUCAGACUAAGAAACUGGAAUUAGAAGACAACUGGAGCCUGCGACAAAAUGUUGCAGUGGAGAUUGCUCUUGUUCAGGGUUCUAGCCAUUCUGUUCCACUUGAUUAUCUUUCUUUCUUUCUUCUUUCUCUCCUCUCUUCAACAGUCAUCCCAGCAUUAUGCAGCCAUUGAGCACACUCAGUUCUCACUGGGGUGUUUUGGCUCUCCCCUCCUCCAUUUAGAGUCCUGCCUCCACCCCAGAUGUGUUAUAUUUCUGCACAGCUGUGGGUUCCCCUGUGUCCCUUUUAUUCUUGUGCCAUUUUGACUAUAUAUAAGCAGUAGCACUCACAGCCUGAACAAUGGAAACAGAAGGACUUACCGUACUUAGUCACAUGAUUAAACUGUGUCUUGUCAUUGGCCUGGUUCACAUAUCACAUUAAAACAUAGUUAAAAUAAACUGUGUUUUAAUGUGAGCAAGUGGCAUGCUAGUUGCAGGUGCUUCACUCAUCCCCUGCUCCUGCUGCACUGCCAGGAAACAAGCAAAAAAUUUUCCUUGGCUUGCUCCUCAGGCCCAGCCCAGCCUACUGCUUCUUUCCCAGCAGUGCAGCAUCAAGGGGAACAAACCACAUUGUGAGCCCAGCUUGUCAACUAAUUUGUAAGAGCAACAAUGGUCUUGGAAUAGUCAGCAUCCUGAAGUUCAUAAUAAGGAUUCUGGGAAAAUGUUUCUGUUGAACCUCAUAUGGGUGAGAGGAAAGGGCAAAAGAGCUAUUUGCCUGUGUCUUGUGAUGGGAAAAAAUUAGCUGAGGUCUGAAGGUAUGAUACUAAGUCACUGGGGGCCACAAUGAAUCCUCAGGCCACCCUUUGUCUAAGAUAAAGUGAAUUAUUGACUUGAUAAGCAACAAUGUUUUUCUAGAGAAUAAGGGCUCAUGGUUGUGUGUGUUUUUCUUUUUCUUUUCCUCCUUUUAUUCAGUGAAGGAUAUCAGCAUGCUAAGCAUGGUAUCAAAGACUAUCAGCAGCCGCCUUAUUAAUUACAUCUCAACUCCUACAGGAAACCGAAGACUUUUGCGGCAGGACUUUCAUAAUCCUGAGCUAUCUGGCUGUAGGAAAGGAUUCUCCAUGCUAGAACACUACAAAUCCUUAGGUGACAACAACAACAAUUUUUUAUUUUAUUUUUAUUCCAGGGACACAAAAAUAGAUUUCAAUCAAAUAAAAAGAAGCCAGGAUUCAAGAUCCUGGUUAACUGGAGAAUAAGAACACAGAUACGAAUUGAAUCCUUUUAAAAUAACAGGGAAAUAUUAUUGAGCAGAAUAGGAGGGUAAUUUCUCUAUGGCAAUUAAUCCAGAUCCAGUUUCAGUCAUAUAGUGAACAAGGGUUAGUUUCUCAACAGAUGAGCAUAAAUCUCAAGUCUCAAAGACUUUUGCUGGAAAUUUCUUUGGUUUACAAUGAAAGACCAAAAAAAGGAGAACAGUAGUUCUUUUUACAUACAUAAUUUUAUUUGUAUGCCACCUUUCCAUACUUCAAGCCAAGCUCAAGGUGGCUUAUAACAUGAAAAAAUAGAUAAUGACAAUGUAACAAAAGUAGUCACAAACAAUAAAUAAAACAUCAAAUCAAACAAUUUCCACAUUAAUCAUGAGAUCUAAAAUAAAGAUAUUUUUUAAAAAAUCAGUAAAAGCAGCAACCUCCCCCUGCCCACCUGCAACAGCACCCAUGCAACAACACCUCAGUCCAAGAAUCUUUUCCGCAGCCUCAGCUUUUGUAGCUGGAGUCAGUCAGGGCCCCACUCUCCCAGUCUAGUUGGGAAAAGGCCUGCAAGGCUAGGAGCAGAUGUUCCAGGACCAGAGCCAAGAUGGCCUCUACGUCUUUAGUUGUAACUUACCCUUGCUACAUCCUGCAAAAAAAGAGAAAUCAGUUCCAUGUACAAAGUUAGGAAUUGAAUAAUGCCCAUGUAGUUCAGCAAGUCUGUGAUGGUCACAGCAACCCAAGUUUCCCACUUUUGAAAGAUGGCUUCUACAAAAGGAACACAAGAAGAGCCUUGCUGGAUCAAGCCCAAGGCCCAUCUAGUUCUGCAAUCUGUUCUCACUGUGACUGACCAGAUGCCUAUAUGAGAAGCCCAUAAGCAGGGCAUGAAUAUAAUGGCGCUCUCCCUUGUUUGUGAGUCCCAGUGGAGGUAGAACAUAGCCUCAUACACCAUGAAUUUGCUAAUCAUCUCUUAAAGCCUUCAAAUUGGUGACCACCACUAUAGCUUGUGGGAGCAAUUUCCAUACUUUAAAAUGUGUGGUAUACUUUCUUUUGUCUGCCCGAAAUCUUCUAACAUUCAGCUUCACUGAAUGGCUAUGGGUAUUAUGUUAGAGAGAGAAGAGUUUCUAGCUACUUUCUCCACAAUAUGCAUACACCUUUAUCAUGUCCUCUCUUACUUGCCUUAAAAAAAACUAACUAAAAAGCCCUAAGUGUUGUUUUCGUUGCUGUUUUCUGAAACCUUUGCAGCUCUACAAUACCCUUUUUCAGAUAAGGCAACCAGAACUGUACACAAAAAGUUACAGUUAUCUGGGCCCUCCAGAUGUGGUCGGACUCCAACUCCCAUCAGCCCCAGGCAGCAUGGCUGGCGGCCAGGGGAAACAGCACUACAAAAUGAUCAAAAUGUGUUGCUCCUUCUGGGAUAGCAAAAUGGUCACCAAGUGAGUUUUAUAGCUAAGCAGGGAUAUGAACACAGGACAAAGGACUAUGUUCCAAGUCCUUAGCCCUUACGUGGCAUUAAUUCUCUGUUUCAGCAGCUGAAUGAGCAAAAAAGCUCUUUUACAGUUUCACCCCUCAGCCUUCUUUGCCUGUCCCCCAAAUAUAUUUCCAGCAUUCCCACUCAGAAUUCGCUACCAGUUUUCCUGAACAAUACACUGUUGACCUAGUUUUUUAAAAUAAAAAUUUAAACCAUAAGUUUCCACUGGCUGAGAAAUAUUUUCCCCUACUACAAACAAGCUGUUCCAAAUUCUACAUCAAAAAAACAACUCUGAUGUUGCUUCCUUGUGUGCUAUGCCAUAAUAAUUCAGAAUAAUAUAUCCUCUAACAUGGCUUGGAAGAAAGUCAAAAGCUCUUCUUUCCAUGAUGGACAAGGCUAGCUGAGUUUCCCCCAGUGUACUUUCAGAUUCUUUUGUAUUUCUUUUUAAUAUAAAUAUUUUUAGUAACUGUCACUUUACAGUUGACACAACCUUUCUUGCAAGGCUUGAAAUGCUAUUUACAUGACCUUUUAAAAACAACAACCAUUUCUGAGGUGCUUUGAUGUGCAACUCUCAACACAAGGAGCCAAAGUUGGCAGAGGCCUCAAAGGAUUUCAGCUUUACAGACUGAUCCAUAAACCAAUUAAUCUGGAGCACUUUCAUUUUAUCCAGCUGAUGUGGCUUUAAGUCCAAACAGUCAUUUUAAGUAAAUGAAACUAAUCAAUUUACAACUACCAAUGCUAAUAAUAAACAUUUGUGUAAUACCUGUUGUGUGCCAGAGAGGCUGUAUGGAGCACUCAGCGCUGUCCUGCUCAGAGGGCCUAAGUCAGGCAUGUCCAAAGUCCUUUUUGGGGGCCUAAUCUGGCCCACCCCGUGGCAGUUCAAUCCCAAAAAAGCUCAAAAACUUAAAUACUAAAAAAAGCUCAAAAACCUCAAUCCUGAAAGAAGAACACAGUUCUGAGUGAGUAGUAGGAUUAGAAAAAUUUGAGUGAGUAGGAGGAUCGGAAAGAAAGAAGGAAGUAUAGUGACAGCAGAAAAGCAAGGAAGCUUAGAAUGGGAAGGGUAGUUCAGGAAAUGAUUUACUGGAAACAGAAGAAGGAAAGUCAUUGUCAUCUGACUAUCCUAACUAGCUGUCUAUUAACAGUGUGUAGCCUAUUAUUUAGUUCAUUAAAUAAACGGGCUUCUGGCUCCUAACAGCACGGGCGUGCAGGGUUUGGCAAUACAGUACAAUUCAGAAUAUUAUAUUUCAAAAUAUUCCUGUGUGCUUUUUUCUUUCUUUGCAGGCCUGUUGUUAAAAAGGUGUACUUUAUUGCUACCUACAAAGGAGAGAUUGAAGUACAUACACAAGAUACUUUCAGAAGUAAGCAUAACAGCUUUUUUAAAAACCCACCUUUGUACAUGUGCACAUGCAAAUUGCCUUAUGCUACCUAAAAUGCCUAGUAAUUUGAAGGUCCCACCCCUCUUUUAUCUUUAUAGAUUUCCUGUUUUAAAUUUAGUGGCUGCUCAGAUCCAUUUCAUUGUUUAGGACUACAGUGUUACGGAGUAUUUUUACAGGUAAAGGAUACUUUAAGGGAGAAAAGCAUUUGGGUUCUGUGGUUGCUUUGAAACAAAACAAAGUUUUGGGGACCUGUAGUUCCUAUUUUUGGUCAUCACAGAUAAAAAUAUGAGUUAGCAGAGAGGUUGUCUGUUAUUUUCCAAAAUGCUAAUUGCACUGAUGUGUCAUAGAAAUCAUAAUCAGAAGUCAGUCUUAUUCCAUUCAUUUCUCCGAAUCACUGUGUGACAGAAAGAGGGAGAACUGGGUUGUUAAAGAUCACUGAGGAUGUUCCCAUGGGGAAAAUACCCAAUACUUCACUUUUCAAGAAGUAAUUUGGAAAUAUUGGUGCACACUGUAAAAUUUGCUUUAAAUGAGUGUCGCUACAAAAUCCUUCUGACGGAAUCCUUCUGACCUGAAUUUAUGACUGUGAGGUUCUGGAAUGGACAAAAAAUAUGCCUCCAUCUGUCCUGGGAAUCUUAAUUUUCCCACCUGUAUUACUGUGUGGAUAUAUGGACCCCCCUACCUUGUUCCCAAAGGAUGCAGGUGGCGCUAUGGGUUAAACCACAGAGCCUAGGACUUGCCAGUCAGAAGGUCGGCGGUUUGAAUCCCCGCAAUGGGGUGAGCUCCCGUUGCUCGGUCCCUGCUCCUGCCAACCUAGCAGUUCAAAAGCACAUCAAAGUGCAAGUAGAUAAAUAGGUACUGCUCCGGCGGGAAGGUAAACGGUGUUUCCGUGCGCUGCUCUGGUUCGCCAGAAUGCUGGCCAGAUGCUGGCCACAUGACCCGGAAGCUGUACACUGGCUCCCUUGGCCAAUAAAGCAAGAUGAGCACCACAACCCCAGAGUCGGCCACGACUGGACCUAAUGGUCAGGGGUCCCUUUACCUUUUUACCUUGUUCCCAGCUCUCAGAUUACUUGUAGGAGCCUCAACUCCCUUUUGAUGGUGUGAUAUUCUCUCUGCAACAAAGAGUUCGUUCUAUAGCUUUAUACUAUUACUGUUUGAUGUUUCAUUUUCUUCCUGUUGUUGGUAAAGGCAGAGCUAUAACUCUUUCACUGCCUCCCAGGUAUUUGAUGCAGCUCUUCAUCUUUGGAGGAUUAGUAUCUGUCUCCCCUGUCAGCCCUCUACUUCUGCUAGUUUCCCCUGGCUGCUUGCAUUAAUUUCAUUGCCUCUCUCCCAAGGACAGUAGAGUCAGGCAACUAGAGCUCAGAACUGAGUAAUAUUAGAAUACUGUACACAAAAAAUAUAUACAUAGCUAAGAGAUGUUGGACCUAUCAAAGUGAUUUGGUGAUGUUUAUGUAUCUACUUUUGUUUUUGUUUUUCUCUGUAAUGUUUUCAGACUUUAACAGCAGGUUGGGAUGAAUUAGAAUGUCAUCGGGUUUAUAACUUCCUCUGUGAGUUGAGUAAUUUACCCCGGAGAGUGCAGACAGUUGUCGGCAGCAAACCUGGUAAAUACACCGUGUGAGGGAGAAUGGUGUCCUACAACCCUCUUGUUCUGAAUUCAGAAGGCAUAGAGGCAAGGGCAAGAUCCUUGACUCUGAGACUGUGUACAUACUCCCAUUUAUUUUGCAUCCAGUGUGCCCCCCCCCCCCCGUUUUAGGAAGCGGUAUAUACACAACAUUGGGACGCGGGUGGCGCUGUGGGUUAAACCACAGAGCCUAGGACUUGCCGAUCAGAAGGUCGGCAGUUCGAAUCCCAGCGAUGGGGUGAGCUCCCAUAAAGUGAGAUAAAAGCCGCAGCCCCAGAGUCGGUCACGACUGGACCUAAUGGUCAGGGGUCCCUUUACCUUUACCUUAUAUACACAACAUUAGCCACAAACCCUAUCUAUCUGUAUUAGCCCUGUUGCUUCUUACAGAAUGCUGCCUUUUCCUGCAUUUCCCCCAAGCCAGUUUCAAUUGAAACUGAGAUUGCAUUGCAGGGGGGUGGACUGGAUGACCCUUGCGAUCCUACAAUUCUGUGACCUAGCUGUGUUUUAAACCAGUAAUGUUCUCGCAGCCUGAGUCUGUAGAACUCACUUUCUGCUAUUAUUUGCAGCAAUGUAAAACCGGACUAUUCUGUACCAAGGCUGAUUCCUACAUGUUGAUUUAAUGUCUUAGGAAGUGCCCGAAAACUGGAGCUGAGGAUAAGGAUCUUUUGCCGCAGUGUUCUUUUGAACCACUGGAUUCAUCGGAGUGAUUCAGCAUUUUGGCUGACACGUAUUUUAAAGCCAUGGCCUAUGGUAAAUCAAGCCCGGCUACUAUAUAUACUGUUUGGGCCUGCCUCUAACUUGGAUGGUAAGCUGUUUUAAGUAAUAAGGCACAGAAUCUAUAACAUAGGUAGAAAUAUAUGGGUAGGCUACCUGUAAAUUCUGCCUAUGCAAUUCCAAAUGUUUUGUUGCAGAAAGAAUUGGGGUUGGCUUUUGCUGUCCAACUCCCCAAGGGACUUUGAUUCCCCUAAGUCCAUGAUGGGUCAGAGAAUAAUGGAUGGAGGCAGGAUUCAGGGAAAGCAAGGCAAAUCUUUAUUUUUCUGUUGCAACAAAGUCCCUCCCCCACCCCUUGCAAGGAGGUGAGAGACCCAGAACAAAUAUGUGCAAGCCCCUUUUAAGACAUUAGACAUUGUCCAACCCCUUAGCGAAAGACCACCCUAAAAGCAUCAUGCAUACAUCACAGAAAGAGGCAGGUCUACCACAGAAAUUUGAGUGUGUGGCUUCUCUCCUGUCUGCCAGGAUACCUGAUAAUGUUUUAGUGAUUGCAUUACCUGGGCAGUCUGGCCAUUAUUUUGAGAUAGUAAAUACUUUAGUUCUUGAACCCAGGUCACAGGACCACCCUAUUCAUAUAAAAAUAUGCCCUUAAGGCAGGAUUUGAAGUAUUUAGAAGAGAAAGUAUUAUUGGGAAAGGUUUCUCUUCUGCAGAAAUAUUUCUCUUCUGAAAUAUUUAGAGUCAUUAGGAGAACCAAGAUUGUUCUGUGUGCGAAAAUAAUGUAUAAUUUUUUUCAGGGAAUAUUUCCUAAAUUUUAGAGGGAGAAGGAUUGGUUUUCUGUGGAUUGUGUGUCAGCUUUGUGUGUGUGUGUGUGUGUACCCUAAAAUUUUAUAGCAAUUGCAAGAACUCCUCAGUGUACAGUGGUACCUCUGGUUAUGUACUUAAUUCGUUCUGGAGGUCCGUUCUUAACCUGAAACUGUUCUUAACCUGAAGCACUACUUUAGCUAAUGGGGCCUCCUGCUGCUGCCGCGCUGCUGGAGCACGAUUUCUGUUCUCAUCCUGAGGCAAAGUACUUAACCUGAGGUACUAUUUCUGGGUUAGCGGAGUCUGUAACCUGAAGUGUAUGUAACCUGAAGCGUAUGUAACCCGAGGUACCACUGUAUUAGGGAAAGCAUCAUGAAAGUAUUCUGAUUUACAUCAUUCUUGUUGAAAAGACUGUCCUUGUUAGGUGUGGAACCAGCUUCUAACCUUUUAUGCUACAGUAGACAGGCAUUGUAAUUGUUUCAUGCCCUCUCCUUAGGAGAAGAGAAAGGCACAAUUUGAUUGAUGAACUUUGGCAUUUGCAAGGAAGGCACCAUCUUACACAUUGCCCCCAGACUUGGCCUGCCUCAGCUAGUAAAGAAAGUGCUUGACAGAUUUUCACAGUUUAGUGUGCGGAAAGAUUCGUUUUCCUGUCAUUUCACCCCUCCACCAUAUUAUUUCCCAUCUGUGUCUUCUUACACAGCUAUGUUUCUUUUUUCCAAAAUACAAUGUCUAGUUUACAGCAGUGCUUCUCCAUGCCCAUAGACUACUGCUCCCUCAUGUCAAUUUUGCAGGAAACUUAACAAAGUCACCUUGCGUGAAAAAGCAAGUGCUGUCAAUUGUACCUGACACCAAAGCAUUGGUAGGCAUUUAGUGUGACUCAUUCACUCACAUUUUAUGGGGGGGUUCACAUGGCAUCAUCAGCCACUUGUAGCCCUCUCAUGUUUUCCCAGUGCUUUUGCCUUUUCUUCUGAAGAAAGUCUGACUCUUUUUGAGACGUUCAGAAGAGUAACAUGAUAUCCUACACAGGUUUAAAUGCCCUUAACGUGACACUUCCAUCUUUUAAGGAGGCACAGUUCUGAUGUAGACAGGUGACUCUAUUGCAACUCAGCACACACUCAAUAUAACCUUCCUGGUAGGCAUUUCAUAUCCUCAUUAAUUUUUCCAUCAAUCUUCUGAUUAGCAAUAUGGAGCCUAUCUGGCUAUAUAUCUUUUAAUAUUAAAAUAUUAGCAAAAUGCUGCUUGAACAAAAUCGGACUGGAGCACUGUAAUACAUUAACACUGACUUUGAAGAAAAACCUUUUCCAGUCACUUUCAUUUUAGUAAUCCACAUAGGUAAAUGUAAAGGAUCCCUGAUGGUUAAGUCCAGUCGCAACCGACUCUGGGGUUGUGGUGCCCAUCUCGCUUUACUAGCCAAGGGAGCCAGCGUUUGUCCGCAGACAGUUUUUCCGGGUCAUGUGGGCAGCAUGACUAAGCCGCUUCUGGUGAACCAGAGCAGUGCAUGGAAACGCCGUUUACCUUCCCACCAGAGCAGUACCUAUUUAUCUUCUUGCAGUUUGACAUGCUUUCAAACUGCUAGGUUGGCAGGAGCUGGGACUGAGCAAUGGGAGCUCACCCCAUUGCGGGGAUUCAAACCCCCGACCUUCCGAUCGGCAAGCCUUAGGCUCAGUGGUUUAGACCACAGCGCCACCCGCGUAACCCACAUACCUUACCCUAAUUCAACAUUUAUCUUCUAUAUUUCCAAUCCAUUUUGGGGGAGGAUUAAAAUAUUAGUUAUAAUACUACUUAACUUUUAAAAGAGUUGUGGUAAUUUUGCCACAGUCCUAACCCCACAAUGUUGAUGUGUGUGUGUGUGUGUGUGUGUGUGUCUGUGUGUAGUGUGCUGUGCAGUCACCUCUACUGAGUUACUGUUGUCGUUAAUGCAAUUCAGGGCAUGUGGUUUGGCAGAAAACGACUGACGGUCCAGCAGACGAAACCAGUUUGAAAGGGUUGGCAGAUGCCAUUAAACUACUGUAUGACACAGAAGCAAAAGAGUGGACGGCAGAUGAUGUCAUCAGUUUGUUGGAUGAACUUUCAGGUACAGUACUGCCUUUCUUCUACUCAUUCUCCUAAGAAUCCGGAAUAUUAUGACAUAGCCACAUUCAGAGCCAGUUCACAUGACUCAAGGCUGGUGAUGAAUUGUGAACUGACUCUGUCUAGACUGAGUGUUUUGCUUGGAUGGCAGGAUAAUUUCACUGAACAUGACAUUUCAGUAUGUGCCCAGACCUAUAGUUUGACAUGCCCCCCGAUUACUUGGCAGUGGUGCAAUAAGCUGUGGCCACAAACUGGGAAACUUACAAUGCCGGCACAAGGUGAAGCAAUAACACAGCCAUCUUGCAAUGUGCAGGCACUCAGCCAAGAUACAUGCUACUCACAAUUCGGAAUGACUCACUGACUACGCAGAUUGGCUCUGAGGGCCAAACUAGGUGUGUUUUCUCCAUUCACAGUGGGAGAUGGGGAUCUGGACACAGAUAAAGUAGGAGAUGCUGAUUGGAAGAUGUAGGAAAGCAUGUAGAGAACACCUGGUUGGGGAAGUCUGUCUUAUUUUAACAGUAAAAGGAGACAGAGUGGUGCUGGAUUCUAUUUACUCUCUGUAGUAGGUUGUUCCAGAUAUUUUGGGAUUUUGGCAUUAUUGCUUGGCUGAGAAGCUGGUUGGUUUUGUAGCUCAUAUUUUUUAUUAUCUGAUUUGUUGGUUAGAUGUGCUUUAUUGGUGCUGUAUUGUAUCUUGAGGAAAUACAACUACCAAAGGGAGCAUUUUUUAUAUAUAAAAAAAGGUGAAGUAACAUAAGACGUAUUUUUAAAAUGCUUUGAAUAUCUUUUUAAAAAAAUCUUAUUUUGAUAACAGUGGUUCCCCGUGACUGGCUUCUGGAAAACAGUGCCCGGCUCCUUAUCUUGUGUGGAAACAAUAUCUGCUUCACUUUUAUGGCUAGUAAAGCUGUGAACGGUCGAGCUAUCGAACUGGCAAGGCUGGUGGUUUUCCUGGCUUUGGUGAGUAGCAAUGAACAGGCAACUUUCCUUCUCUUGUAGUACCUUUUUCAAAAAUUAAGGCAUAUCAAAGAGCCACACUCACUGUCCAUAGAAACAUGACAGCAAGCUGCCUUAUACCAAGUCAGAACAUUCACAUACCCCGGUAUUGUUGACAGUGGCUGGCAGAAGUUCUCCAGAGUUCCAGGCUUCUUUUGGUUUUUUGGGUUUUGUUUUUUUUACCCAGCCCUUCCUCAAGAUAGCAAAGAUUGAACCUGGACUGGGGGAUACUUCUGCAUGCAAAACAUAUGCUCUACCACUGAGCUGCAGUUGUUAAUCAUGAUGUUAAAUGCACCAUUGCAUUUAAUGGCUACUUUUUCUUUAAAAUAACGGGUGCCAGGGGUGCCAACUUGAAUAAAAUAUUGGGGGGGGGCAGGUAAGCCCUACCCCACACAAUCAAUCACAUGAUGCAACACACACACACACAAUUUUAAUGGCAAUGGCCAUCAACUUUGGAGGGGGCGGCCCCCUCAAAUCUUUUAGGGGGGAGCGAAGGGACCUUGGACCCUAGGAGCUGGCCGCUAUGAAUGGCCAGGGAUGGGGAGAAAUGAUUGACACAAUAGCAUUUGGGGAGGAGGAGCCAACACUUUGCACUCCACCACAGUGUUGAUUAAACACCUCCUCCUUGAAACUGUUGUUUGGCAUGGGAAGGAAAUGGUAUCAAAGGAAGCUGCCUCCCAGGCCUAAUAGCUCGGGUGUGUGUGGGUGGGUGGGUGGGUGGGUGUGAGAGAGAGAGAGAGAGAUUUCUAUCAAGACCACAGCAGGUGGGAUAACUUCUUCCUUAUGACCUACAGUAUUGAUCCUAAUUACUAUCUUCUCCCUCUCUGUUGCCUGUUAUUUAGAAGAAGACAAAACUAGAGACGUUUAAUGUCAUCUUAAUUUGGCCCUUUUGCACCAGCUUUUCUAUUACAGUGUUCAGGCUACUUGCCAAAAUUAACAAAAUUGCAGCAAAGUUUUUAAAGAGACAGUUUAAUAUUAUCUCUGUGAAUACUGCAAGGCUAAUUAUCCUGCCUUAGGGUGUUUCUAUGGCAGCAUCCAAGUAUGUCGCUUUGCGUAUUGCCCACUGCACGAUUUUGCUCUUAAGUAGGGAAAGCAUUUGUUUUGUACAACACCCUUUGGAGAAAUAAUUCAUUUGGGUUUUGCAGCUACAUUUUACUCUCUUAAUAGCCUGGUUCCCAUUUAGGCUAGUUGGAAUCUGCACGCCAGACACACACACAACCAACACACACACACACACACGAAAAAUGUGUCAAAAUGCCCUGCAUCUAACACAUUCUGCCUGCAUUACAAUAUGUGUCAGAGCUACUCUGUGAUGUCUGGCAAAUUAGUACAGAUAACAAGUGCAUCUUCCUGCUUUUUUCUGUCAGGCAAGCAAAUGCAGCGGGGUGUGGGGAUGACAGACUUCUGUACCUUCAAUUGUUGCACAGAAGAAGAGGGUAGAUACCGCUUUUCAUGCAAGAGUGAGCAAACCAAUCCCUGCUGAGAGCUAGCAUGGUACAGUGGCUAAAAAACUGGGCUAUGAAUCGGAAAGCUCUUGGUUCAGGUCUCACUUCUGUCAUGACCUCACUCAGUGGCCCUUUAUUCUACGACAUGAGGAUACUCAUACCAGUCUGCCUCACAGGGUUGUUGUAAAGAUUAUGUAAAUCACUUUGAACAUUUGAAAGCACUGUAGCAAUGCUGGGUAUAAUAUUACUAAAUUUACAGAAAGUGCUGACCUUUGCCUGCAAAGGAAGAAUUGGCAGUACACUUAAAGCACACAUCUUCCUUUUAGCCAUGGCUUGAACUUUCCUGUGCCUGAUGUCAUAUAUGAUGUCAAGCACAGCAAAGGUGGACAUGGUUUUGCAAAACAGGCUGAUGGGCCAAUCUGCAGGCCAUAGAUUCCCCAUCACUGAUGUUUUGAAGUGAAAAGGGAGGAAGCAAAGAUCAACAACUGCUGUCCAUCCCAUCAAUUGAAUGGUCAUUAAUAUUUUCUGUUCUUGUCCCAGGUAUGUGAGAAGGACCUCUACUGCAUGGAUUGGGCUGUUAAAAUGAUGCAAAAAGUCUGCAAGGUUUUCAGUACUCCGGGUGAAAGGAACAACUUCCUGCAAGGCGUGGAGAAUUCUUUUGCACACAUUAUCAUGGACGCACUGCAGUCUGUGAUAUCCGGUAAGAAAUCCUACAGGUAGCAGAACUGUUGUCACCUGCUCAUUUCUUUAAUUACUGCUUGUCCCUGUCAGCUAGUUUCACUGGGUGCCUCUGCUCCAUGUAAAUUCACAAGUGCCCGGAUAGCCUUUCACACAAAUUAGAUAGUCUAGGUGCAGGAAAUAGUUUCAUUGAAUGCAUUGUCUCAAGGCUGCUUGGCUGAGCUCUGAAGUGAGAGCUCUGUCAGACAGAUAGCACACGUAGCAGGUUUGCUAGAUCAUAUACAUAAGAGGUCUUUAGGGUUGCCAAAAGUAAAAACCAGGACACCCUGAAGGUUGUUGAGCUUUUAUUUAUUUUUUUAGGAAGACCCCAAAAUUGUUAAUUGUUUUAUAGGAAAACUCAGUAAUCAGGACAUAUGGCAGCCCUAUAGCAGAGGUUGGAUGGUCCCCUAUAAGGGAUGCUGUAACUACAAAUUUCCAGGGUUUUUUUAUGAGGUGCCCUUCAAAGUCUUCCUCAACUCUCUAACUCUGUGAUUCUAUAUUCUGAUAAAACGUCUUCCUGAGUUUAGGGUUCCUCUUUCGCAUACUCCAAAAUAUCAUUUAAAGUCAUUUUUAUGUUCUUAAUUAUGCAAUUAAUGAUAAUAAUUGUAAUGUUUUUGUACGCCUCCUUCUGGCAACUCCUGCAGCCAAGCUGGUGCCAAACAUCUUGCUCUGCUUUCCUUUGGACCACAUUAGUAAGGCCAAGAGGGGGGUCUUGUUGUCUGGGCAUCCCAGGACCUCCACACACACACUGCUCAGGCUUGCACCCUAGGGAGGCCACUAGGGAGCCUAAUGCAGAGGUUUGACUUCACCCGUGUAGGUGCACUCCAUUGUCUCUCGAGAAAGACGGGUGCCAACAACAACAAUUCAUAUUAUCUUAUUUUUGUAAACCACACUGUGCCCAUUUCUGGUGAAUGGUGGUACAGAAAUCUCUUAACAAAGAAACAAAUAAAUAAAAUAGGAAGUAGUAUUUGCAAUAGUUUAGAAUCAGAAUAGGGACUCUCUGGCCCUCCAGAUGUUGCUGGAUGGCAGCUCCUAUAUUCCCUGACCAUUGGCCAUGUUGGCUGGACUAAUGGGAGUUGCAGACCAACAACACCUGGAAAGCUAGAGGUUCCCUAUCUUUGUUCUAGAGACCUAUGCUGUUAAACUGUCUUUCACCUAUGACAAUAUUUUAUUCAGGAAUUAAUAAUAGUUCAUAGAAUUGUGGAUUUGGAAGGGAACAGAAGGGUCAUCUAGUCCAACCCCUUGCAAUGCAGGAAUAUUUUGCCCAACAUGGGGCUCAAACCCACAAACCUGAGAUUAAGAGCCUCAUUUGUAUCCUGCCCUUCAGUGUUACAGUCCUGAGGGCUAAAUCAGACAAUACAUUAAAUGUAUAAUUGCAUUUAGCAUACCUGAUUUUCAGGGGGUGGGCAAUUAAAUAGCAGCCAUGACAAGGAGACUCAGGAUUAGGAACCUGUUAGCAAGGGUUAAUUCUCCCACCCACCCCUCUCUUACACACACCACAGUCUAGGAGAGAAAAAACCCCAUGGAGGCUGCUAUUUGACUUGUGCGCAGUGCUGUCAUGGAGUGACAAUAGCAAGGGCAAAUAGCGAACAAUCUCCAGGGAGUGAUUUUCAUCAGGGCUGCAUUGUGAAUGUCUAAAACCCUCUCUGCACCUUCAGUGUUCCCAAUCCUGAGCUCAUAAUUAUUACUUUACUGGGGGUGGGGGGUGGGGGAAACCACAGCAAUGUGUUUCAUACAUUGUGUUGUCUGGCCCUCAGGGCAGCUAACAGAACAUAUAUUUCUUUUUGUGCUUGGGAUUUGUGAUUGUAUUCUCUUCUGUUCUACUUCCUUGUCUUUUUGAAAAACAAAUUCACCCUUGAUCAUCACUGGGUUUUUAUUCAAAAUAUUGAAGUUGGACUCCUGCAAUUUUCAACCUGUGUUAAAAAAAAAAAAGGAACAACCCAGUUUCUAGUACUAGCUCAAAUUAAGCUCUGUGAACACCAAGAGUAGAGUCUCCUUAUAAAUGUGUAAUUCUCUAAAUGGCUUCACACUGCAGAAGUGAAUUAAAACUUAAUAUCUGCUACCCAAUCACUAUGAAUAUGCAGCAGCGUGAGCUAUUGGCUUGCUACUUGCCAUUAAAUGUUUACAACAAUGCAAUCAGUGCUGUCACAAAUCACUAAUAUAGCACAGAUAGGGUAGCCACUAAGAAUAGUCCACAGACUUGUACUUUUUAAGCAGAUUCUGCAAAAUCUGUUUCCAUAAAAGUAUGUCUUUUUUUUUUACCUCUUGUUUAUUUCACUUAGGGGAGCACGAUGAGGAAGACAGCAGCUUUCUUAAUCUCUUUCAUCUGGUAAAUGCACAGGCAAAUUUUCAUAAGGAAAUCCUUUAUCUGGCCAUGAGCAACAGCAUGUAAAAUUCUCAGCAUUUUGGAGAAGAUACCACCAUGAGGAGUGUUGCCUGUAUCUUAACCAGCCUUCAAGAUUCACACCCUAGUGGUCAUGGGCAACUGCAUUAUAGCUGUAAAAAACUUUUUUUGCAGCUUCUGAAGUGUGUUGUUUAAUAUUUAUAUAUUUAUAUGCAAACUAUAUAUAUUGAUUAUACAUAUUUAUACUAGCUGUGUUGGAAAACCAGUUGCAUUAGCAGGAGGUGGAUAUCGGUUUGCAGAAAGGAGAAGCCUGCUAUGCUUUGGAAAAACUGGGCAGAGGAGCACAAAACAGUCACAUUAAAUACUUCAGGUAGUGCAACUGCUUCUUCUUUCAUUUUUAAGUCACUCUGAGACCGAGAGAAGUAACUUUUAGUUCUGGUUUCCCUUUGGGAUUUCAUUAAAAUGAAGGAAGCAUAAUUAAAGAGGCCCAAUCAGUUUUAUAUCCAGUCCCUAUUAUGCUAUUAACCUUUAAAACAGAGAACUCUGCUGUGGAUAAUUUAAAGUUGUUAACUGUAUGUGAUUUCACCGGAAAGAAGGUUUAAAAUAGACAUUUUCCCAGAAUCGGAGGAGUAGCAGAAGGAUCUCCACAUAGCACGGCAUGUAGAAAGUUAGCACAUUGCAAAGUGCAUUAUGUUGGCCCCAGUGAAAGACAUUUUUUGUGCACUUCGUACUAUGGUACCUAAAUGUGGACUGCAUUUAAUGGAUUGGGCUGAUUAACUUUUUGCAUACUGAAGGAACAAAGCAGACGUUGAUCAUUGAUACUCCUUUGCUCCCAUCCAUUAUCUGUAGUAAAAUCAGUAAUGCAAAUGGAGUUAUUUUAAAGCUAUCUUGGUUGAUUUAUUCAUUCAGAAAUAAGCUAUGCUGUUUUUGUGUUUAUGUACAUCUCUACAGAAUGAAUGACUCCCAAAAAGGACAUGGUAAAAUGCACUCUGAAGUUGUUAUGGAUUUGUUCUGAAUUUGGUGUGGGACUAGGACAAAUUUUUGAAAAAGUUAAGCUUCCAUGUUGGGUUAAGCGUCGUUACACCUUUAUGCUUAUGUAGUGUGAUGAGACAAGAAGGUGAUAUGAGCAGCAGUGUUCACUCUGCUGGUUUUCUAAAAAACUUUUGCUGCUUCUCUAUUAUAACUGGAAAAAAUGCCUUUUUCAGUUAAAGAAAACUCCAAAAUAGAAUUCCAGAAUAUACUUAUGACUUUAAACUACUGUCAGUUUUUUAAAACUCUCAGUGAAAUUGAAAGAAUAUAUUGAAUGCCCAACUAUAAGAACAUUUUUUAAAAAUGUAUGAAUAUAUAUGUAUAUCUC